AGCAGGACAGUGUUGGACCAGCCACGAUGGCCGACGCAUAUGCGUAUGCUCUGCUCGUGAAGCUCGAAGAAAACAACGUACCGAGACUAAAAAACAAAUUAGUAAAAUACUUUCAAAGUAAGAAAUCUAACGGUGGCGACUGUGAAGUUGAGUAUGAACAUGGCAGCAGCACAGCGGUGUUGCGCUUCCGCAGAGAGGAGGACCAGCGAAAUGUUUUGGGGAAAGAGGCGCAUCAGAUUAGUUUGGAUAAAGGCGUGUUAAAGUUGACAGUUUGCUUACCUACCGAUGAGACAACAACAACAACAACAGAAACAACGCAGGAAGCUCCAUCUGACGGACUUAACAAGACAUCGGAUGUUGCUGUGAUCAACGAGCAGUCGAGCGCCGAUGAAGGCACACCUGCGGUCGUUUGCUCAGAGGCGAAAGGCAGAGAAGAUGAGACAACAGACGAAGAGGUUUGCUCCACUUCGGCUGUUUUAGAAAAUUUUCCAGAGAGCUUGAACCAGGAGUUUUUGGAGAUGCUGGUGGAGAACAUUUUAAAGGAUCCUGACUCUCCAUCUGCCAGCAAAAGCUUCACUUUGGAAGUCAUUCCUAGCAUCGCCUCUGCUGUCGUGACUUUCCAGAGUGGAAAAGAAAACACUGAUUUCGUGACAAGAUGCCCCAAAAACAGGACGUUCGCUAAGAAGGGACUAUCAGUCCGGCCUCUUGAACUCACAGAGCAAGUUGUAGUUGAAGACAUACAAAAUAUUAGUGAAGAUCUCCUCCGCCUUUAUUUUGAGAAUGCAGGUGGGGAUGUGGAAAAAGUCGUGUUUAAUGAAGCAGAGCAGUCUAUCUUCAUCACCUUUAAAGACCUUAAAGCUGUUCAGAAAAUCAUGAAGAAGAAGCAUCACAUCAAGCAGGAAGAGAUCAAAGUGUAUCCAUUUUAUAUCUCUUUGGGAACGGCCCUUUAUGGCAAAGAUAAGCCCUCACUUAAACUCCCUGCUGCCCUCUCGGAACCCAUUGACAAAGCUGUCUGGAGAUACCUAAAUGACAAUCAAUCGGCAGCAGAGAGCGUUCGUAGUCAAUUGGCAAAAGACUUCUGCAGCGUAAACCUCACCCAAUCUACUGUGUGCCUGAGCCCCGUAUCUUCACUACUACAGCAACAGAAUGCCAAAACCAUCAUCAAAGAGUGGAGAGAUACUGUAAAGUCAGCAUUUGCACAAGCUCUGUCAAAGUUCAAAUCCCUGAAGCUCCGGCCAGAGCCAGAGACAGUAUGGGAAGAGGCUGAGGAGAAGAUCAGACAGAUGCUACUGAAUGAGGAUGUGGUUGUAGUGCCUGACAAAGUCAGUGGUGUCUUGUCAGUGGUUGGUCUUGUGGCUGAUGUCAGCAGACUAGAGCAAACUCUUUGUGAACUAGUAAACGAGAUUGCCAAAAGGGUGAAGAGGGAGACAUUGAGCGUGACCCAAGAGAUCAAAGUGUCGCCAUCGAUUUUCCACAUCCUGUGUCAAGACGGUCUUCAGGACAAGCUGCUACACGUGUACCCAGAACUCAAAAUGUCAUUUAGGAAAGAGAGUCCGGAUUUGAUAGUAACUGGCUUUCAGGAAGAGAUUUUGGCAGCAAGCAAAGUCAUAUAUGAUGCAAUGUUUGCCUUAAAACGACAGAAUUUAGAAAUAGAUAACUAUGUGCUUGACUUGUUGAAGGAGGAAGAACAAGAGGAGCUUACAAAUGACCUCCUUACAUCCAAUGGAAUAAAUGCAGCAUUUGAGAUCAAUGCACACAGGGUGCAGCUCCUUGCUUCUUCCGACAGAGAUCUGAAGGAUGCAGAAGACCACCUGGGGAGGCUGCUAAUAUCUCAAUACACUGAUGUUGAAGACAUUAAUGUCCUGGAGAAGCCAGAGUGGAAGGACCUGGUCAGUCAAUUAGAGAAUGCUGACGAUAAGUCAUGCAGGAGAAUUCUAAUCAACACCACUGAGCAACAAGUGGUGGUGUCUGGCCACAAGGAUAGGGUCACAACAGUUAGCAGUGAACUUGAUGACUUCUUGACUCAGAAUGCUCAAGUUGAAGAAAGCGUUGUGGUCAAGGCCGACGCCAUAGUUGAAUACAUUAAAAAACAUGAAACAUCUUGGAUGGAGCAAGUGGGAGAAAAAGUUGUGGUGUCUUACCAAAAUGAUGCUAUCUGUCUCAGUGGUUCUAGAGUUGAUGUCGCAGACUGCCAUACCUUGGUUAAAAACCUGGUCUCUUCUGUGUUCUUUGAAACAUUAAAAGUCCCCAUGCCUGGAGGGAAGAAGUUCUUCCAGGAUAAAGAAGCCAUGUAUGUUUCCUCACUCUUUCAUGAAACUGGCUGCCUGGUCCAGCUGGUUGAUGAGACUAGUGGUGGACAGGACGACUUGGCCCACAGACACGUACCAAAGCCUGUGUAUCAGCUUCAGACUCUUGAUGGAGUGGAAAUAGCCAUUUGCAAGGCAGAUAUGUGCAGCUACCCCGUGCAUGCAGUUGUCAAUGCUUCUAAUCAGGACUUGCAACAUAACGGAGGUCUUUCACUAGCACUUCUUAAUGCUGCUGGCCCUCAGUUGCAGAAUAUAUGUGACAAAAUAAUUAACUCGAAUGGAAAGCUUAAGCCUGGAGAUAGUGUCAUAACUGAUGCAGGCGGGCAGCUUUGCUGCAAAAAAGUCAUCCAUGCAGUGGGACCCCAGUUUGAUCAAGCUCAUCCCCAGAAGCCUCUGACUCAGUUGAAAAAAACUGUUAUGGGAAGCUUAGAACUUGCUGCAAAGCACGGCUGCGUUUCUGUGGCUCUGCCUGCCAUCAGCAGGAACCAAGGCUUUCCUCUCAAUUUGUGUGCAUCCACCAUCGUCAAAGCAGUGAAGGAAUACUGUGAUGGGUAUGACCACAACGCCCUGAAGAAGAUCCAUUUGGUGAACAAUGACGACAAAACUGUUCAGGCUAUGGAGGCAGCUGUCAGACAGGAGUUUGGAAAUCAAGGUGUCAGUCUUUCUCAACAAACUCUACCUACCAAGACCACCAAGUCGUCCCCUGUGAAACAUGCUGCAUCCGACCCAAACUGCUUGGGUCAAGUGCAGACCAAAGAGGGCUUGGACAUCACUCUCACUAAAGGAAAUAUUGAGAAUGCCACGACGGAGGUGACGGUGAAUACUGUAUUUGAAGAUCUUGCACUGAACAGAGGGGCAGUUUCCAGUGCCAUCCUGGCUAUGGCUGGACCCAAACUUCAGCAGUUGGUAAACGCAAAUAAUGCCACUGGAGAUUUUGGUGAGAUCAUCGUUACUGAUGGCUGCAAGCUGAAGAGCAAAAAGGUCUUUCAUGUAGUUGCACCUCAUUGGGACAAGGGACAAGGCACAGCUGACAAGACCUUGGGUGGCAUUUACAAGGGUUGCCUGGGCAAGGCAGAGGAGGGUGGUCUGACCUCCAUAUCCUUCCCUGCCAUCGGUACUGGAAACCUGGGUUUCCCGAAAGACCUUGCAGCAUCAUUGAUGUUGGACGAAAUCUUAGCGUUUAGCAGUAAGAAACAACCUAAGCACUUGAAGAAAGUCGUGAUCAUCCUAUACUCACAAGAUGCACAGACUAUCCAGGUUUUUAGUGAUGAAUUUACAAAGAAGUUCCCUAAUGCCUCAGUUGGUCCGUUGCCCACGACUUCCCAACAAAGUACAGGUCCCUUCUCUAAAGUUGUCUCGAGCUCAGGAAUGCAUGAGACCAAAAUGGGAAGUGUGGCCGUACAGGUUGUCACGGGAGACAUAACCAAGGAGACCAGUGAUGUCAUCGUCAACUCCACCAAUGAAACCUUCUCUCUUAAGUCAGGAGUAUCGAAGGCCAUUAUGGAUGCAGCUGGUCAGGCUGUUGAUGCAGAAUGCCAAAACCUCGGUGCCCAGCCCAACACAGGCAUGAUAAUGACCCAGCCAGGCAACCUCAAGUGUAAGAAGAUCCUCCACCUAGCUGGACAGACGGACCCAGUGAAAAUCAACAAGGUUGUGAAAGAUGCACUCCAAAUGUGUGUGAAAAACUCACACACUUCUGUCUCAUUUCCUGCCAUUGGCACAGGUCAAGGCAAUGUUCAGGCAAGACAAGUAGCAGACGCCAUGUUGGAUGCAGUGGUUGACGUCCUGAGCCAAAACCCAGCCGGGCCCCUGAAGACAAUUCGGAUAGUUAUUUUCCAGCCACCCAUGCUAAAAGAGUUCUGCAGCAGUAUGCAACAAAGAGAAGACACUGACCCGAAAGGAACAGGAGGGUUCUGGGGAACCAUUGGCUCCAAAAUCAAAUCGUUAUUUAUUAGUGGAAGUGAUGACAAGCCAAAGAAAGAAGGGGAUUUUGUCAUUGAGGCUCUGAAAGUGGACCCUGCUGCUUUCCACAUCUGCGGUGAGUCACAGGCAAAAGUAGACUCAGCCAAGCAGUGGAUCAACGACCUAAUAUCCAAAGAGCAACAAAGCAAUUGCAUUCAAGACAACUCCAUCCUUAGCUUCUCUGAUGCAGACCACCAGCGCAUUGUUGACAUCCAGAAAACCAUGGACGUGACAAUAAAGAUUGAGAGCAAGAUGGACCAGGCCUCAGUCACCAUCGAGGGGCUCGGCAAGGACGUGCUCAAAGCCAGCCGUGAGAUCCAUAAGAUGCUGAAGGUGGCGAGAGAUAAGGAGGAGCUGAAGAAGAAAGUGGAGCUGGCGGGCACAAUGGCAGAAUGGCAGUACCUGCAGCAGGGGCAACAGUUUCAGAGCUUUGAUUCAAUGAGCAACUUCGAGCUCGAGCAAGCAUUGGAAAAGAAGCUACCAAAUGUAAAAGUUACAGUCCAGGGUCAAGACUACACAGUCACCAUGCCAAAGGGACCUGCCACUGAUAACCAGGGACGCACCCUGCAGAUAAAGCGAAUUGACAGACUAAAAGAUGAAGACGUGCCUGAGUUCUGGGAUGUCAUGCCAGCCAACACCUCGUGCCUGGCUGUCCCCAUCGCGGCCGGGGUGGCGGAGCACACUGAAGUCCUGAAUCUGUUCCGGGCCACAUGCCAACAAAACGUUAUUAAGAUCGAGAGGAUCCAGAACCCUGUAUUGUGGAAGAGCCUACAGAUCAAGAAGCGCGACAUGGAGCAGAGAAACAAUCAUCAGAACAACGAGCGACGUCUCUUCCACGGCACCUGCCACACCACGGUGGACCACAUCAACGAGCACGGCUUCAACCGGAGUUACGCAGGAAAGAACGCUGCUUGUUAUGGCAAUGGCACAUACUUUGCUGUCAAUGCUAGUUACUCUGCCUCAAACACCUACUCCCAGCCGAAUCAAACUGGGGAGAAGUGCAUGUACCUCUGUCGAGUGCUAACCGGGGAUUUCACCGCCGGACAACAAAACAUGAUCAUCCCGCCGGCCAAGGGCCCCGUCUCGGUUCAGAAGUACGACAGCGUCGUGGACAACGUGGCCAGACCCACCAUGUUCGUUAUCUUCCAUGACAGCCAAGCUUAUCCUGAAUAUUUGAUUAGAUUCAAGUAGACAGCCUUGCACUGAGACUUAACUUAAUACAAAUGCCUUACAUACACCUAACAUAAAUAAGUGUUUGCUAUGAAUCAUCAACUAAUUCACGUUUUUUUCUUUUUUUGACAUUUGGUUUAUACUACUGCUAUAUAAUAACUUAGUUUACGAGCAACCUGUAAUGAUCCCAUGGGUAAGUUAUGAAGGUAUCAAUAGUUGGAUCCAUAUAGUGCCUUGAACAUAUCUCUAUCAUACUACAGAAUAAUUAUGCAAGAACUCAAAGAAUGAAAGGAAAAUGAGAGGGUUGUUGAAACACAUUUUUGGCUAUAUCUUAUGCACAUUGUAAUUUCACUGAACAUUUUACACUGUUAGCGGCAUGUGGGAGGCUGCUGGAAAGUACCUGCUCUGUUCCAAGAAAUAAUGGAAUAAUAAGAGUUUGUCUGCGUAUGUCAGGUUAACAAUCACUUUUGGUUUUGAAAGCAAAAUUGAAAGUUUACUGCUGUUCAGGUAAACAAGUCUGUACAAAUAAAAGUUAAAACAAGCA